GUUAAGGACGUUACAUUAAUUUUGAUUGGCUAUGUGUGAAAUUCCGAACGAUAAUAUACAAAAUCGAAGCGUGUGAGUUCCGACUGUUGAUUGCGGUGACAAAAAGUAGUGUUAAACCUUCCUUUUAAAUGCUUGAGUGACAGAUUACAGAUGCCAUUCUAUUAUGGAUGCUAAAAUGAUGUACAACGUUGUGUAUUAGACCAGAUGGUCGUGUAAUUUCACUGUUCACAAACAAAACACAGACCGGCUUUUCCGCCGAGAAGUGAACUUUACAAGAUGGAUGUACUACCGAGUGGAAACAUUUUUCGUGAGCUUCAAGUGGUGCAUGAUACUGGAUAUUUUUCGGCUCAACCAUCUCUAGAAGAUCGUUGGCAACAGAAUUGUUUGGAAAUGGAAAGAUACUUAAAAAGUGAACCAAAAUUAACUUCUUACAAAAAAAUAUCGGACACAAAUCCAUGGGACGAUUGUGUAAAUUGUGAAUCAAAGUAUACAGAACCUGACGGUAUCCGAUUAGAAAUGAAAGACGAAAACGGUGAAUAUCAUCAUUUAGCCGAUUUAGACGAUUACGAAGGAUCAGAUGAUGAGGAUGAUGAUGAUGAUGAAGAUGGGAAUGAAACGGAAACGGAAGAAAGACUUCAACAAUUAGCACAUUUAAAUCUAAAUGAUCCGUGUUCGGAUAGAAUUAGUUUACAU